UAUGACUAGAACUUACACGUCUUCAACUAUUACUAUUAUUAGUUUAUAUGUGCAAAAGAUUAAGUGUAGACAUAAAAAUAUUGUGCGAAAUUCUGUGAGAGUGACCCACUGACUGAAAUUCAUUGAAAUUUCACAAUUGUUUAAAAUGUAUUUUCCAAAAUUUUUAUCACUUUUCGGCUGUGUUGUUGUUUUCGGCACUAUUUUGCAGUUUUACUAUGUUGUCGGCGUCGGAGGAGACUCGACACCCUCGCCCUCAAGCCAGCCUGGGCCUGAGACUUCGAUUAACGGGACAGAGAAUACCAAUGAAGAUAACACCACUGCGACAGAAAAUACAACCGACACUAUUCCUAGUAUAAGUAGUACUGCUACGACUACUAUUUUUUUGGCGGAAUCAGAACAAAGUGAGUACAAAGUUAAAUAAAAAUAAUGAAGUGACUGGGAAUGAGAAUGGGUGGUAAAAGUGCAGUUCAGGUGCAUAUAUUAUUUCUGUUUGAAUCUCUUAUUUUCCCGUGUAAACUUAUGACUUAUGUUAAUUCUUUAUAAAAAGUAUUUUAAAAGUUAUAUACCAUCUUUUUAUUGGAAUACAACAACAUUUUAACAAAUUUUACGAGAUAAAGAAAGUACAUUUUUAUGAAUCUUUCGUGUUUUACGGAGCCAUUGUGGUAAAUCAAGGAUAACUCUUCUGUCUUUAAAGAUACUUUAUAAAAGUUGCCCAAUUGGAUGAAUCUUGUUAAAAUAAAAGAUGUAUUUAUUUUAUAACUUUACUAUGAACGAUAACCGGAGUCGCCCGGGGCUGUAUUCAGACAAAAACAUCUGCUACGCCAUUUUAGUUCACAUUGAUAUUAAAGGAAAUGUCAACAACAACACUACAGUAAAAAUAAUAAUAAUUAAUUUGUCUCCUAUUAAAAACAAUUAAAAUAACUUAUGUAAACCUUUCGUUUUUCCCGUUUUCCGAUGGCACCCGGAAGGAUCAUGAUGGGAUCCCGAACCCGAUGUGAUUCCGAUAGAAUCCUGGUCAUGGUGGGAUCCCGAUCCCGGUAAGAUACCGAUCCCGGUGAGAUCCGUUUCCGGUGGUAUCCCAAACUAAAUGAGAUCCCAAUCCGGUGGGAUCCCGUUUCGGUGAGAUUCCGAUCCCGAUAGGAUUUUGAUCCUAGUGAGAUCCUGAUCCCGGUGGGAUCCCGAUCCAGUGGGUUACCGAUCCUGGCGGGAUACCGGUUACGGUGAGAUCCUGUUUCGGGUGAUAUGCAGAUCCCGGUAAUUAUGGGGAGCUCACACACUUGACAUACGAACCCAGCUUACAAGCCACAUUGCAAUUGUUACGAGCGCCUUAGGAGAAAUUCCAGUUGUAUUAACGUUAUUUGUUGCCCCACAAGGUGCGCGUAUAAACCAAAUGCUGCACCAUUAAAAAUGCCUGUUGCAUCAACAAUUUUAGUUAUUGUUUCUUGGUCGUCCUGCAAUUUUAAACAAAAUGAUCCUACAACCAGCAAUACCACAAAGCCAAAACGAGUCCGUCUUAUAAUAUAAAAAAAAUAAUCACUAGCCCUCACUUUACUCAGCGCAAAUCAGUCACCAGUAAUAAGCGCAUUUGCAUACGAAAAAAGAGGAGGGGUGCUCAAAUUAGAGCUGACCAAUCACGGACAGCGUAUUAGCAGCCUUCAGGGUGAUCAGCUUCACACCAGGUCCAGGACAAUGAUGACGUGUGUGUCCACUGCUUAGUCAGUGAUCCACUUCUAAUCUCCCCCCCCCCCUCCCCGACUCGACUUCAAAGGACAACCCCUAUAUUCCGAGCUCUCUGAGAGGGGAAAAAAAGAAAGUUGGGGGGGGGGGGGCUUGUGCGUAAUGAAGAAUCUAGUAUUUCAUUCUUUUUUGUGAACAUGCUUAGUUUGAAAAUUUCGUUUAGCAUUACUAACUUAUAGGUGGCUAAAAAUCUGGCAUAGCGUAAAAAGAAAAAUACAAACAAAUGGGGGCCCUGUCACUUUGGUUGGGGGAUGUUUAAAGACUCUUUAGAAGUAAAAUAAAAAGAAAAGAUGCGAUUUAUAAUCUAGAAUUAGUUAACUAUAACUGCCUGGAUUUAAUUAUUAAAGAAUACACGUAAGUUUAAAUGAUAAAAAAAAAUUAAAAUACGAAAUGCGCUAAGAAAUAAUAUACGCACCUGAACUGCACUUUUACCGAAUGGGUCACUUAUCUGGGCAAGUUGAGCCUUAUUGAAAAAUUAUUGAAUACUUGCCCUUUCCCAGGGCUUAGUUUGAUAUUGUGGUGAUGACCAAUGAUAAUGCAACUGACCUUUCCUGUUCUUGCCCUUUUUUAUGAAAAACACGUUUUUUGUCACCUGCUAUAUUUUUUAAAUAAUAAUAAUUUUUGGUAAAUGCAGAUAAUUGGUGCCAUGGCCAUGACAUAUUAUUAUUUUUAUCAAGGUGGUUUUAUAUAGCAUGAUCUAGGGCUGGGCUCACCUCGCUGUACAUACAAUUUAACAAACAUAAUCAUGUACUUAAAAAUUAACAUACAUUAAUUAAAUAAAACAAAACAAAUAUAUAUUUACCUCCACACAUUCAAGAACUAUUUACAUUUCAAGCGAUGUCAGCAUUGUUUAUUUUUCAGAAGGGGGAAUUUGUCACGAUAGUAGAGUUUAAAGAGAUGUGUUUUGGGUGCAAUUUUGAAGGCUGUGAUGGUUGGUAUAUUGCGAAUGUGUAGUGGAAGAGAAUUCCAUUGCUUUGGGCACAGAAAAAGAACAAUCGUUCUCGGUAUGUUUUGUGCAAGUCUUGGGGACAGAAAGAAUAUGUGCGUCUGGGUAGGAGCGAAGCUGUCAAAGGGAUGAAUAGACAGAGAAGUUCGGUUAGAUAGGAAGGGGAGGAAUUCGAGAAAAAGUUGUGGCAGAGACCAGAGAGCUUGUAGUCAAUCCGUGCUUGUACAGGGAAUGAAGUAGUGGUGUAACGUGUUCACCUUUUUUUUUGCCUUCAGAAUUAGCUUAGCAGCAGAGUUUUGAACCUUUUGAAAUUUUUCUAAGAAGUGUUUUGGUGAAUCUGAUAGAAGAGAGUUACUGAAGUCAAGACGAGAGAGGACAAGAGCACAGCCUAGGGUUUUUGUUGCGCUAACUGUGAGGUAGUGGCAGGAAAUGGAGCUGAUCUGAUGAAUAGCAGUGUAUGCAGAGCUUUUAAGGGUUCACAGGUUGUGGCAACCAAGAUGGUGGCCGUGUAAAAUAAAAUACUAACCUAUGUUAAAAUUAGAAAUAAAACGUUAAAUUUUAAACCCUAAAACUAUCUCUAAACCUAACCUGAACCCUAAAUCUAUCCCUUAACCUAACCUUAGGCACCUCAAUACUAAAAGUAUACUAUUAUCAAUUGUAAUUCCAAUAAAAUAUAGUUAUGAGUUCUGGUACACUUCCAAGUCUAAAAUUCAAAUUUUUUCUUACAUAUAUUCUUGUUAAAAUUGCGUCACAAUGACUUGUUUAAAAAUUAAGAUUAGAUCAUCUAUGAAUUAGUCUAUAACAAGUUUAUUAAAAUAAUCAAAUACUCAACAUUAUCAUAGUCAUUAUAUUAAACUAGGACAGAGGCAUAAGAAAAUUUUAACAUUUAUAACAACAAAUGUGUAAUUGUAAUAUAUUUCUAAUUAAAUCAACAAAACAAAAAAAAAAGAAAGAAAUUUAAUAAAAACAUCACUAGAAUACUAUUAAAAAGAAACUUAAAAAAUUGUAUAGAUUCAGCAUUAUGAUUAGUAUUUAAUGUUAGGCUUUUAUGUCAAUAUAUUUAGUAAGAAAAUAUAUUGGAAGCCAUAUAUUUUUGGUAAAGGUGUAGUUAGCAGCAUAGGUUUUCACAAAAGAGUUUCUCACUCACCCUAGGCACAGUGACAUCAAUUUCGGGAAUCCCAACACUGGACUUAAACUAUAUAGUCUAACGGUUGGACCUGAACGAUAUUUAUGAUAACUUUCCCGUUCUUCAUUGAGUUUGAUUGAUAAAAUUAAUAUGAAAUAUAUUGAAAUGUUACAUUCUUUUUUUAAUCAAAAUUAAACUUAUAAGGUUCAAAAUAAAAUAAAAUCAUCCUUGCUUAUACCCCAAUGUCAAGGGUAUGAGAAUCACUAACGUUCGUCCGAACGCUGUUUGGGUCCGUGAGUUGUGUCAUGAGUGUAAUUAUUGUGUCAGAAUGAUCAUUGGAUGACAGGAAUAGAAUAAUAAACAAGUGUGGGGCAUUAAGGCUUGAGAUAGAGAGAGUGGAAGGGAGAGAGUUGAUUAAGGAGACAGUAAUGAGAUGCUAGUGAGUGAUAGCUCUUUGUUUUUGGAUGGUCUGCGUAGUUAUAAGGAGAUAUUGUAAUCAGGUGAAUCUGCGCGACAGAUGCACAGAAUAAACAAACAUUCAUUGUGCCUGGGUAUUCUUUUAUAGACAGUCUUGUAGAGUACCAUCAAUAAUCGUUGCCAGGAAAUACUUGAAGAUGCUCGACUAGAGUAAGAGUAUUUUAGCACCCAAGAGGAAAAUCGCUGAAAAAAGAUGCAUGCUUUGCUAAAGUGCUGUCUUUUUAUUGGUUGAAAAUAAAGAAGUACCAGUAUGCUAUUAAUUUCUAUCACAUUCCAUUUCUCGGGAGAUUGUAACAUAAUUUUCUGGGAAGGGGAGGUCACUCCCCAAAUCUCCCCAACUUUCAAGGGAAAAAAAAGGAUUUAAAAAAAUCAAAAUCUUUGGAAUACCAAGCUGUGGCCUCUAGUUGACCUGGAGAACUUCCAAAACCUAUAUACAGUGGAAGACGUUGCUGGCCGUGCUGCUUAGUACAUCUUAGCCCAUAUUUUUAAUUAGCCUAUAGUUUAUCAGAAAGGGAUAGUUUUUAUAGUAUGUGACCUAGGAAAUUUGUAGAAAUUUAACAUUAAAAAAAGAACCUAACAAAUAGUUUAAAUAUAGGUUGAUGCUAAAAAAAAUGAUUCAGUGAAAGCACUAUUUAUAAUAAGUCAACUGCUUGUUGGUAGCAGUCAACAACACUAUGGCUUUUAGAUUCAGUAAAUGUGCUGCACAUGGUACAUACAUAGGUAAUUUGUGUGUUUCAAUAUUUUUUACUGUAUCCCCUUGUAAAGCCCAGACAUGUUAGCAGCGUUAUCAUGGGUCUGAUCUCUGCGUAAUUGCUUCCCCGGUAUGGCUUUUCAUUUUCAAAAAUGUUUUAAAGUCUUUCAAAAGGUCAUCCAUUCUUUGAGUACCCUAUCUAAGUUGAUAUUUUUUGGUGAUCAUUUUGUUUAAUGGUUAAUCUGUGUGUGCAUACCAAGAGAAUGAAAUAAAUUAUGUAUAGCAAGUUUUAUGCAAUUUUUAGAUGUUGAGUACACUAAAUUACUGAUAAAAAUACAUUCACUUUUGGUAUUACUAUCUUUAUUUUUAAAUCUGGAUUUUUUAAAAAAAAUUUUUUAUGUCAUAAAAUAUAAUUUGAAAACCGUUUUGUGAAAAUUAACAUAAUAAUUGAAAGUUAUCUGUUUCAAAACUGGAAAUAGUCUUUAAUUACUUCAGCUUGUGGGGUUAAAAACUCAGACUCAGAAAUAAACCUGCGUUGUGUGAUGUUAAAUCAAAUGAAUUUAUUAUACAUGAAUCCUAGGACUAGCUCCUAUAUUUUAAUGCUGUUUCAGUUUUUCUUUUUUGAAACAGUGUGCUUCCUCAUUUAAUUAUUUAUUUUAACAGUUAUACAUUUUUUACUCUUUUUUUUUUUCAGAUUGCUCAAAUUUUUCAGAUAUGCAGGAGUGCUGUAACACAACUCACAAUUGCACUUUCUGUGAUGUUAAUGGAAAUGGAAGUAAGAGUCACUUUUCAGUAUUGUUCAAUUUACAUUUAUACUUUGUAAGAUUAUACAUGCGACCUCUUGAAUUCCAAAGUACAUUUUUUUUUAAAAGUGUGUAAAAUGAAUAACUAUUCAGUUAGCUCUAUGAAAAAUUACAGACAAUUUAUAUUUUGAGGAUUGUUUAGCCUUAUUACUCAAUGUCAACGUCUUAACUAUUUUGAUUGUAAGACAUGCUCUAACCUUUAACUGACAAUAUCCAGCUAGAUCAGAUCUGGUGUUCUUAACCUUUUUUUAAUUCCAAGGACCCAUUUGCAAGUCACCCACCUGUGGACCACAUUUUAAGAACCCCUGAACUAGAUAAGAGUUCAAUGCGCUUCAUUCAAAGAAGAAUAUUUUUAAAUAUUAAGAAAAGAUGUAUAAAAUAUAAGGAAAUGAUGCCUUUACCUGUAAAGGAUAUUCACCUCUGCACUAAGUUAUCAGAACAAACUAAAUAAUAAGAUCCCACAAGCUUCGAAAAAGCAACAUAAAAUGAUUUUUAAUUUAUGAUGGUUUUAAUAGGAAUUGAAAUACAUAUACUUACCCUGUAACCCUCAGUCAGAUGAACAUGGUGCCCCCUGUCUCCUAGUUUGGUAAUUAUUUAUAUUUUUUUUUACUUUAGCAUGUGUCAACAAAGAAGAGUGUCAAAUUUCUAACGACAAAUGU